GUGAAAUGAAACGUAACGCACAUCAUGUGCCGAUGACAUUUAGGGUUGUCAAUGUCAAAUAGUCGAUUUAUGACGGCAGUGCACUGUGUGAUUUCGUUUUGUAUAUUUUCUGCUAUUUCAUAAUAAAAGAGAUAUUAAACAAAAUACCGAAUUAAUUUGUUGUGAAGUAGGUAUUACAUGACAGUAGGCAGUAAACUUAUACUGUAAAGUUUAAACCUGGGCCAGUUUAUUUAUACAGAGCGUUAGGUUUGUUGUGCUUUUUGAAUUAAUAUUAAUUAAGCUGUUCCUGUAUGGCGUAGUAUAUGCAUUACAGAUAGAUGUGUGUGUGGAAUUAAAGAUGCUUCCUACAAUGAACAUGUUUCAUACAUAACAAUGACAAUGAGACCCAAAAAUGUUCUCUCCUUCAUAUUUCUUCGACCCUGGCUAGGAGUGCCGUUUGGGAUAUGGAUAGCGGUAUCUGUGGUGUAUUACUGGUGGCUAAUAUCCCGGAUAAGCAUCCUGGAGACACAGAACAAGGUGCUACAAGUCGAUUCUAGAAAGGGGUUGCAAGUGCCUUAUAUUCCAGACGCACCAGGCACACUCUGCGAGACCAUCCAUGUGGCUCUGGUCUGCAUGAGCAAAUGCCCAAGGAUAGUGUCACCGAUGCUGAAGUCAUUGCUACACCACCGGCAAAACCCUGUGCACUUCCAUCUCAUAGUGGAUGUGGUGUCUGAGCACACAACGAAGCAUCUGUUUGAGACCUGGGAUCUACCUGAUGUGCAAUACACCACUUACAACGCUCAGAGCAUCUUAAACCGCGUGGCAUGGAUCCCAACAAGCCACUACUCCGGCGUGUAUGCUCUGGUCAAGCUGUUGUUCCCGGACAUACUGCCGGCGACACUGCGGCGAGUGAUAGUGCUGGAUUCCGAUCUGACCUUUUUGUGUGAUAUCAUGGAACUGUGGAACAUGUUCCGAAAUAUGACGGACCAGCAGUACAUCGGCCUAGUGGAAAAUGAGAGCAACUGGUACCAGAAUACCGAAAUCAGAUGGCCCGCGCUCGGUCGAGGGUAUAACACAGGUGUGAUGUUGUUAGACUUGCACAAAAUUCGGACCAUCACAGACUGGACGACUCUAUGGCACGACGCGGUCAACGACAAUAUAGACCGGCUGAAGACCACGGCGCUGGCUGAUCAGGACGUCAUCAAUGCCAUGAUAAAAAAAACACCAAAGAUUGUUUAUAAUAUUAGCUGCCAGUAUAAUGUACAAAUGUCGACGGAGACGCUAGCGAAAACUUGUUAUGGGGAAGAUGUAAAUAAUAUUAAGAUAAUCCACUGGAACUCCCCAAAGAAGUACAACGUCAACAUCCCCGACGUGGAAUACUUCCGAAGUAUCCACCUGUCUUACGUCAACUUCGACGGUAACCAGCUUCGAGAGAAGCUGCAUCGAUGUGACCGCGCCGAAGCAGUCACCGUGAAGACCGCGAACCCCAGCCGUUGUAUGAAAUUCCGCGCAGCGCAGAACAUAAAGCUGCGCACACACCUGUACUACAUGGACUAUAGCUACACGAACGUGGACAAUUUUGACGUCACACUGGUGCUGCAGCUCUCCAUGGACCGACUGCAGUUCUUAGAAAGGCUUGUGAAGCAUUGGGAAGGCCCUCUGAGUGCCGCGAUAUACCUAUCUGAUUGUGAAGUGGGAGUUCUAGAGAGCUUCAUCAAGGAUUUCUCUGAUACGCUCAGUGUUAGGAAAAACAUCGGAUACCAUCUCGUCUUCAAACACGAGGCUACGCACUACCCAGUGAAUUACCUCCGCAACGUGGCGCUAGAAAACGUGAACACACCGUACGUGUUUCUCAUGGACGUGGAUUUCGUGCCUAUGGCGGGGCUCUACGACCAUCUGCGAUCUGUCAUUAAGCUGGUGAACCCGUAUCCGCAGAAAAUGUGUCUAGUGGUCGCCGCGUUCGAGACGCGCCGCUACCGGCUGUCCCCGCCGCGCAACAAGACGGCGCUGCUGGCGCGCCUCACCGCGCGGCGCGGCGCCGACGUGGCGCCCUUCCGCGCGCUCGAGUGGCCGCCCGGCCACCGCGCCACCAACUACAGCCGCUGGGCGCGCGCCACGCAACCCUACCAGGUGGAUUGGGAGAAUCAUUACGAACCGUACAUUGUAGUACAUCGUUCCGUGCCUAAGUAUGACACAAGGUUUUCCGGCUUUGGGUGGAAUAAGGUAUCCCACAGCGUAGAACUACGUGCACUAGGAUACAAGGUGGUGGUGCUACCGGGGGCCUUCGUAGUACACACGCCGCACGCGCCCUCGCCGGCCAUCACCGCCUUCAGGACCAACAAGGAGUACCGACAUUGCCUGGCGCUCUUAAAACUAGAAUUCAUGGAGGACCUACGCCGCAAGUACAACGUAACAGUCGAAGACAGUAUGCUCCACUUCGGCAGGGAUCCUGUCAAACUGAGGGCCAAGGAGGCCGACUAAAGGAGUCCACCAGGGCGCUUACGAACGAUACUCUUUUGAUACUUUUCAAAUGGAUUCUAAUUUCGAAGACCAACCAACAGAAAAACAACUAACUCUUUAUGAUUUUUUUUAAUCAUAAGAAUAGCGUUCGUUAGUGAUUCUCUGGUGGACAUGAUGACAAGUUAAUGUAUUAGUAUAUUCGAUAAUAAGUCCCUCUCGCACUUACGGUAUUAAGAACAACGUAACACUCGAAGACAGUAUGCUCCACUUCGGCAAGGAGUCUGUCAAACUGAGGGCCAAGGAUGCCGACUAAAGGAGUCCACCAGAGCGCUUACGAACGCUACUUUUCAGAAUUAAGGUGAUUUUGAAGUAAGAGUAAUAACAAUAAUAAAUAUAUACGUUCGUUAGUGAUGCUCUGGUGGACCUGUUGGACUUGAUGACAAGUUUAUAUCUGAUAUAAAAUUAGUCUCUCCCGCGCUUACGGUACUUGCUAGUGAGGGAUAAAUCUACCAGUUUUACUAGAAAUUAUUAUUACUGUAUAUAAAAAUUUAACUAGUCAAUUGUGACAGCAAAAGUUAACUUAAAGGUAAGCGAAAAUGAUACGCACUUUAUUUCUUUCAUCGAUUUAAAUUCGAAAAAAAAAAAACAAGGCAACAAUUCAAGAUUGUGCAAUAUGUAAUUUCUCAAUUUCUGUUAAGUGUUAAAUUAGU